GGCCCGUGUUUAUAUUUUCUCUCCAUCUUUUUGUCGCCUUUCUUUCUCAUUGUCUUUGUAUUCUUCUUCUUUGACAAGAAGCACUGUCUCAGUUUUUCAACACACGCACAGACCGAGGACUGUAGAGAGAGAAAGUUCAAGAGAGAGAUGAUGGAGUGGGAGAAGCAGCAACUGAAAGAGCAGCAAGAGAUGGAGGGGAAUGGGAAUGGAGGAGUGAUGUAUGUGAAGGUGAUGACUGAUGAGCAGUUGGAGACUCUGAGGAAACAGAUUGCAGUUUAUGCCACCAUUUGUGAGCAGCUUGUUGAGAUGCACAAGAACCUCACUGCCCAGCAAGAUCUUGCAGGAGUCAGGAUGGGGAAUCUGUACUGCGAUCAGUUGAUGACAUCCACUGGCCACAAAAUUACUGCCAGGCAGCGGUGGACUCCAACAGCGCUGCAGCUCCAAAUUCUUGAGCGUUUGUUCGAGCAAGGGAAUGGAACUCCAAGUAAGCAGAAGAUCAAGGAGAUCACCUCUGAGCUGAGCCAGCACGGGCAAAUUUCCGAAACAAAUGUGUACAAUUGGUUUCAGAACAGGCGCGCUCGAUCAAAGAGGAAGCAGCAAAAUGCAGCAUGUAACCAUGCUGAAUCAGAAGUGGAUACAGAAGUUGAUUCACCUAAGGACAAAAAAACUAGACCGGAGGAAACAUUUCAGUCCCAGCAGAACUCAGCUCAACGGACUGAAGAUUUGUGCUUCCAGAGCCAGGAGAUAAGUUCCGACCUGCAUUUCUUGGAUCCGCAUACCACUAAGGCAGAAAAGAUGUUCCCGUCACACAGCGGUUUAAGGAGUUCUAGACAUUUAAGCGAAAUGGCCUUCUAUGAUGAUGUGCUCUCAAGGCAUGACCUGAUGACCGGAAAGAUGGAAGCCGGAAACUAUAACCUUUUUCAGGAGGCAGAAGACUAUGGCAUGACGGGUUGACGCUCGUUCGUGAAUGUCAAAGGUUUCGUUCUGUUUGACGAGCUAUUUUGUGAAGGAGAUUCCUGAUUGAAUGAGUUUGGUUCUGUUUGAAUUUGGAGACAUAGCAAGCCUAACCCUAGCAGAGAGUUAUGGCUCCAACUCAAUUUAACUUGGAGAGUAGAUAGAUUUAGUGAUAAAUAUUAUACUAGUAUGACAUAUGGAAAGUUGCUUUUGGGGUUUUUGUGUCUUGAGCCUUGACUAAUCAAUCUUGCUUUGCCUUUUGCUUUGUUUAUAGAAUGAGAGUAGAUAUUUUAUUUUGGGAAACCAAUGAUAGUUUAUGUGCUUGUUGUUUA